AUGGCCUCAACGUACAACGCCCCGCUUGUCCCGUCGGCCGCGCCGGCAUACUCGACCGUCCUCUGCUCGACGCCCGAACAGAUGCAGCGUGCGCUGGCGAUCCGGCACAAGGUCUUUUGCGAGGAGCAGGGGUACGACCCGGCAAUUGAGGUGGACGAGCUCGACGCGCUAUGUGACCAUCUGCUCUUGACGAAGAAGAACGAGGACGGGACCGAGGAGGAUGUCGGAACGCUUCGAUGGUACCCACCAAAAGGCAAAGUCGGCCGCGUAGCGGUCCACAAGCAAUUCCGCGGCACAGGCGCCGGCUCGACCCUCUGCCUCGCUCUCGAGGAACACGUUCGCGAACGACGAGGAAAGGCGGCGGACGUGAUGCGAGGGAAGACAAGCUUCGACCUUGUUGCGCAUUCGCAGAAGAUCGCGGAGGUGUUUUACCAUCGGUUGGGGUGGGAGACGGUCGGGGAGGAUUUCCUUGAGGAGGGCCAGCCGCACUGCAAGGUCGUCAAGACCAUCCAGCUAAAGCCCGAACCCGCAAUCGCCGUCCUGAACGGCUCGAAACCGCCGACACGCUCAUACUCCGUCCGCUGGUGCGAGACGCAAUCCGACAUCGACCGGUGUAUCCAGAUUCGGAUCGCAGUCUUUGUCGACGAGCAGGGAUUCUCGAUGGAGGACGAGCUGGACGAGAAGGACCCGGCGUCCGACCACUUCCUCAUGACAACUGUCGGUGCAGACGGUAAGGAGGAAGACGCAGGUACGAUCCGCUGGUGGCCCAAGCCGGGUCUGGCGGCAGGAAAGAUCGGUCGCGUCUGCGUCCUCCCCAAGUACCGAGGCGGCGGAACCGGCAAGCUGCUCAUGACGAGCAUCGAAGAGCACGUACGGAAUCGUCGCGGCAAGGCAGGCGAGGCAUCGAAGGGCAAGGAGAGCGUCACGGCUGUCGUGCACUCGCAGAUGCACGCCGAGGGCUUUUAUGCGAAGGCUGGCUACGUCCGUGAGGGUGACAAGUUUAUGGAGGACGGCGCUUUCCACUGCAAGCUGGUUAAGCAGAUCCAGCUUGUCCCCGAAACGGCAUAG